AUUUGUAUACCAUAUGUAAUAAUAUUAUUUGUGAUGUUUAAAUUUAAUGUAGACAAUUUUUUGCCAAAAAUCUCCGCAAAAAACAAUUGUCUUUCCAACAAAAGCUUCUACGUUCCUUCUUCGUCUCACCCCCUCCAGACCUUGUUUUUUCCUAAUUUUUGUCAAAUUGCAAAGAUAAUUGAUCAAAUCGCAAGAAGCUUUUGAAAUAACAGGCAUGAAAAAAUUAAGUAUGAGUUCAUACUGAUGCCCAAUGCCUGCUCACAGCUUUGAGUUCUUUAAAAAAACAUAUGGUAAGUUUUUUGGUUAAUAUCCAUAUAGUUUUGUGUAUAUACUCUUUCAGGUCAAGGAAAGCAGCUUUGGGGAGAGAGCACGUUGUGUCAAGUAUAGUAAAAUUGGGAUUCGGAUUGCUUGAGGGUGUAGAGGAGAAAAGCAGCGAACAAAUCAAGUAUGAUUGUAUUGCGGGUCCGGUGGAAUUAGGUCUUGAAGUGUUAAAAAGUUUGUUUGAUCUUCAUGAUGGGGUGAGAAAUGAGAUAAUACAGCAAUGCAAUUUACAGAUCCUUUCCUCAAAGCCAGGGGUGAUGCCAAUUAUACGGUUGCUUGGAGAUCUAGUUCAGAGUCAUCCGCAUCCACUACUACAACGUGCUUCAGAUCUCAAAAAGUUAUUCGAAAAUUUCACAUUCUCGAACUCUGAAAUGCAGCCUUGUCCCAAGAACCCAUUCUGUGUCGAAAACUUUGAAAAAGAAAACCCUCCUGGCAGCUAUUGACUUUAGUUUAUCAUCUUCUGCUAGACCCGAAUCGUCAUAGCCAUCCCCAUAAGUCAUCGCCAAUUAUCGUCAAGAAGCAAUUGAGGUGAAUUUGUAUUUCUUUUGUUGUUAGGGUUCAAUUACAUCUUUAUUUCUGUUUUUUUUAUUAAUUUGGAUUCAAUACGUAGAUUCAUUGUUAUUAAAACUUGGGGUUAAUUUUUGAUUUGAACGUGGUCUCUAUACUCUCUAAUGGGUGAGAAUGUGAACAAUUUUCAGACAACCUUCCACAUUAUCGAAGAACUUAACAUUUCUGGUGCCCGAGGUAAAUUUAUCUUCUUCUUCUUUUUUUUAUUUUAAUGUUUCAUGUUCUCUAAACUAUUCUCAUUUUUCAAUAUCUAUUCUGUUUGCACAGAAAUAUUUUUCGAUGUAGCAGAGAAUGCCCCGA